UCUUCCGAUCUAGCCUGUUGACCUCCAUCUCCAUCAGAAAGGAUGAAGUGCGUCUCCCUGUUCCUCGUGUUGUCGCUGGUCGUCCUCAUGGCCGAACCAGGAGACGCUUUCAUUGGCCACAUCUUCAGGGGAAUUUUUAAAGUUGGCAAGCUCAUCCAUGGGGCCAUCAAACGACGAUUCGGAGACCAGCAGCAGCAGGAUCUGCAGGACCAGCAGGACCUGCAGGAUCUGCAGGACCUGCAGGACCUAGAGGACCAGCAGCAGCAGCAAGAGCAAAAAGAGCAAAUGGACCGACGCUUCAUGAACCGGGAGCGGGCUGCUUUUGAUUAAACUUCCACCUAAAAGAGCCAUGCUAAAACUUUGCUUUAGAUGAAGAGAAAUGCUUUUGUUCUUCAGAAUUUAGCAAUAAAACAUGGCUUAAAAACAAUAUUGCAGUGUAGUUUUCAAAAUUUUGAUUGACUUAGGAAGAAAUGUUGCUCAUUUUGAAUAAAUCUUCACUGUUAUGCACCAAA